AUGCUGACCGCAUCAAUGAGGAUCAGCCAUCUGCUAAUGAACAAUCUUACUCUUGAUGACCCCUCGACUUCAGCCAGCUUCCUAACAAAGAGCGAUGUCCCGGUGCGAGCAAAACUUAUCUGCAGAUAUCCAUCAAUCCAAGCGGCCUCGGACUUUGACCGUGCUUCAACCAAUAGUAGUCCAAUCCCACUGGCCUUCUUCUUAGGCCAAGCCAACAAAAGCAAUGAUCUCACACUUUACUGUCCGAGUCCAAACAAAGUGUGCCUGUGCGGCCAGAGAGACGGGGCCGACGAUGUCUCUACUACCUAUAUAGGGAAGACACCGACCCCAAUUGCCUGUCAACGACUCCACAAUAGUGGGAUUAUAUCAUUAUUCCCUACUCUUAAACAAUGA